AUGGCUGAUCCUGACGCGCCCGCCCAUAACAAGAGAGCUCGUUUGGGCUCCAGCAAUCUUGACUACAACGGCCACGGAUUCCCUCCCCCUCCUCCACCGCCUCAUACCCAACCCACCCGCCCUCCGACACAUCCCACCUUGGCCCAGGCUUCUCCGCCCUACCCUACUACCCACGGUCUAUCCACCACUCCCUCUCACCAGUACACCGCUCACCCCCAAGCCUACCCAGGCCCGCUACCCUCGCCAUCAUUGCCACCCUCUGACAUCCGCGCCCUUGCGGAUCCGCGCAACAUACCUUCUCCCCGGCAGCAUCCCAAUGGCGUCACAGGAGUCGCUACUGUGACAAUCCCCCAGGACCGCAUUUCAACCUACCGUCCUCCACCGACGCCUCAGUCAGCAUCGGCUCCAGAUCCUCACAGCUCCCGCUCCACCAGCCUCAGUAUCAGUACCGACGUCAAGGUCCAGCCCCAACAGCCUCAACCACCCAUGGAGCAUGGUGGCCAUCACCCGUCGUGGCCCCCCAUGACCGCCGAGCACCGGCCAAAUGGCAACAUGGCGAAUGGCUACACUCAUGCCAUGAGUCCCUCUCACCCCAACGGACCCCCGCCCUACCACGCGCAGCCACCACCACCGCCUGCUCAGCAGUAUCCCCAGCCAGUGACUCCCUACGCGCCCACGCCUUACAUGAACGACUAUGGCGCCGCACAGCAAAUACGAAGGAAGCAGGUCCGAGCCACGCAGGCUUGCAACCACUGUCGUUCGCGAAAACAAAAGUGUGACGAAGCCCGGCCGUGCCAGUUCUGCAGAGAGAACAACUUUGACUGCCAGUACAAAGAUGUCCCACCACCAAAGCAAGACAGAAGCAUGAUGCAGCUCCAAGAGAGCGUCAACAACAUAUCAGACGUUCUAUCACAGUUCGUAGAUCAGUUCAACACGUGGAAACAGGGUGUCGAGAGCAGACUCCCACCUACGCGAGCCGACAUGAUGUCCAAUCAUGCUUCACCCGAGGCCUCGUUCUCUACAACCCAAAGAGAUCAGAGCACAUCCAGAUGGCCAACGCCUGCUCAAGGAGCAAGAGGCCAAAUGGGUCGUUUACACAGCAACCUCAAGAUGGAAUCACCAGUUGUCCCCCAUUCGAGCACGUUGUCGCCUCUUGGCACUCAUGCCUCUGCUCCCAUCAAGCAGGAGUCGCAGUUUGCUCCUCCUCCGCAGCAACCCGCAACACCUGCCGAAAGUGUGAGGACCGAACGUAGCCACGCUACCGAGACCGGCCCUAAAGAACAGACCGGCCUCCAAGGAGACCACACUACCCCUGCACAUAAACUGCUCGAAGAGUGGACCCAAAUGAACAUCUUCUAUCAAGGUAUUCCAUACCUGAAACGACUAAUCGACAAUGGCCGCGAAGUGUCAGAUUACCCGAUGCAGUUGGAGCAGGACCGUGGUUUGCUGCGCGUUUGGGGUGUUGGUGAGGGCCAAGACCUAAACGACGGCGCCCAAGGCCCUGGUAGCCCCGAGAGCAGCAACGAUUCCGAGGCCGCAUCUCCAGCGCCUGGCAAAGAUGGCUUGUGGGGCCAUCCGCCUUACGACCACCAAAGCCCCUCUGAGCCCAGCAGCACACCGCGCGAAAGCUACCAGAGCGGCCUUGGCCCAGAUGGCCGCCCUGACUUCCGUCGUCAUGUCAUGUUUGAUUUGCUCAAGUCGUACAUGGACAGCAUGCACAUGUUCCAUCCGUUCAUGAACGAGAUCAAACUCAAACGCAUGUUCAGAGAGUUCAGCGAUCAGUACAGCCCCGAAUCGCGAGGCGCAAGUGUUAGAUCACCUGCUGUCAAUGGAGUGCACCAGCUCAAUCCUGGCGUCAAGCGAAAGCGCUCGGCGAGCGGGUUGGACGGAUUGCCAUCGGCUCGAGGCGAGAUUGAACGCUCAUUGCGCAAUGCCAUUGUUCUACUUGUUCUUGCCCUUGGCAAGGUUUGCUCAUACACAGACCCCUUGCCUGCACCGCAAAACGACCGGAAUCCCUACAUUCACUCCGAGUAUGGCUACAUCCGCAACUCUCCAAACGCCAAUGGCAGUUUUGCCAGUGAGGCGUCUGAAGAUAGCCGCCCGCGAAACAUUGACAUUCUCCCUGGUAUGGCCUAUUACGCUUACGCGACUGACAUCCUCGGAAACCAGCAAGGUGGAAACACAACCGCCCAUGCGCAAGCCAUGCUUUUGGCCGCACUCUAUCUCAGUCAGUUCGCACGAGUAUUAGAGAGCUGGAGUUGGAUCAACAACGCAUGCCGUAUCGCUCUGGUACUGAUCAAAGCCGACUACACCAAGCUCCUUCGUGUGAACAACGAGAAAAGACAAUUCUGGAGUCCCAAGGAACGAUAUCGAUUAAAUUUGGUCAUGUGUGUUUAUUGGACAGCACUGCAGCUCGAGUCUGAUAUUCUGGCGGAGAUGAGUAACCUGCCACCCUCCGGUAUCUCCGCGCACCAGAGUGACAUUAUGUACCCUGAAGGUGUCAACGAGACCUGGAUCCAAGAGGACAGCAGCUCCGCGCAACUAGAGGACAUCACUUCGGGUCCGCGGAACGACCUGAUGAUGAAGCUCUACUCUACCCAGACGUUUCUGCGAGUGAUCCUGAAUGUGGCACACAACGCCUUGUACGGACCCAGCGGACGAAUGAGCUUCGACCCCACUAGUGUCAAGGAAGUCGCUUAUCACGCGCUCACGCACGUGGGUGUAUUGGAAAACUGGAGGAAACUACUUUCACCCGAGCUUGCCUGGGACGACAGCGAGUACCCCUCGACCGAUCUCAACAUUGCCCGUGUUCGCGCCAAGUACUAUGGUGGCCUCUACAUGAUGUUGCGACCGUAUCUCAAGCUCGCGAGUCAUGUUUUGGAGUUCCCGCCCCCACCUCCAGGGAGCACGGGCGCCUCUCAGCACAACUCACCGUCCCCAUACGGACAGCCCCUUACAAACAGGAACGUGCAGAUGGUCGAACUGAGCGAGGACCAGCAGAAGAUUAUCAAGGUCGCUUGCCAAUGCAUCAACAGCGCGAUCCACAGCACGAUUGCAUUCGAUCGUGUAGGUGAAGAGCCUGGUAGCAAAUACCAGUAUUUCACCCCAACACGCAAGAAGAGGCUCGUAGUCACAAACAUAUUCGGUACACUUCACGCACAAUUCGGAAACAUGCUUGUCCUUGCCUCAGUGUACAAGUCGAAACUCUAUCCUCUUCUCCCAAGCGAUACCUGGCUCACCAAAGCGACACUCUCCGCCCUAUUUAAGCGCACCAUUAACGUCAUUGAAGACGUUGCGCCAAACUCGCCCAUCUUGCGCAUGGACCUCGAAAUCCUCAGGAAUGUUCAGCGGCAACAGGGUCUGGAGUGA